AGAUGACACGAGAUCUACUCGCUCAUCCUGGUAUCGAUGUCAAUACAGCGAACAAAGCCGGAGAUACGCCGUUAAUUACUGUUGUGGACAAAGGAUACACAACCGUAGCGGAGAUGCUGCUCGCCCAUCCUGACAUCAACGUGAACUCCAGAAAUAAAGGCGGCAAAACAGCAUUCCACCAUGUCAUACGCUACGGCGGCUAUCAAAACGCUAACCAUCGACGGAUGACGCGCUUGCUAUUAUCAAAAGACAGCAUUGAAAUAGAUCAAGAGGACAUGGGUUUUUGUU